AUGAGAUAUGAUUCUAAAAGUCACUGUGCAAAUCAUAAUACUGCAAAAGAAGUAAAAAUGAAAAUACUUGUUUCAUUGAAUGAAGCCUUAGAAAAAACAAUUAGAGUAGCUCUUAACAACAAACAAAAAAUAUUUGAAAAAAUACUAAAAUCAAAUGGAUUUAUAUUAUAUUAUCAAGUAACAAAUCCAUAUGAAUCUGAAAAUUCUCUUAAUAGAUAUUAUCAAUUAACAGUAUCUGAUGAAUUUUAG